AUGACUGAACACUCACGCUCCCUAUCUAUCGAAGAAGAACAGGAGCUCGCGAGGAGCAACAAGAAAGUUAAGGACUCGCACAAUGCAACCCCUGUCGAUUCAAAUAGACUACCUGGGAGUACCAGUUCUGCCAGUAAGUUCUCUUUCCGGGAUAAACUCAUGAGGGAUAUCCCAGAUGCAUACUCUCAUGCUUUCACCUAUUCGGACCAUAUGGACGCUGACUCUGAGUCGGAUGAGGAAACAGAGGAACUUUGUGAUGGUAUGGCUGCGAUUUGUCUCUCUAAAGAAACAAAGCGAUGCAUUAGAGCUCCCUGGGCAAAAGCACUUAUUGUCAAGGUAUUCGGCAAAACAGUGGGGUUUAACUUCCUACAUGCUAAACUCAUGGGUCUUUGGAAACCAGUUGGGAGAGUUGACAUGGUGGAUCUUGGAAGGGACUUUUUUUUUAUGAGAUUUUCGCUUAUUGAAGAUCUAGAGUUGGUCCUUAAGAAAGGACCAUGGUUCGUAGGUGAAAAUUUUUUGUCGAUCCGGAGAUGGGAAGCUAAUUUUAAGCCGUCUGAAGCGCAAGUUACUUCGGUGGCGGUCUGGGUGAGAUUCCAUGAGCUACCUAUAGAAUACUAUGACGCGGAAGUCCUUCGUUAG